AUGCGAUCAACUGAGCACGGAUCAUCUAGCCAUGGCAAUUCUUCAGACGUCAGUGCACUGACUCUUCCCCCUGUUAUCCAAGGCAUCGCUCAGGCUGUCCUGGUCAUCGUCAUCGGUCUGAACGCGCUCGGCUAUUCCUGGAUUAUAAUCACCACGAUCAGGUAUCGCCAACUUCGGGUGGUGUCAAACUUCUUCCUGGUCAACCUGUGCGGUGCCGAGCUACUUUUCUGCACCGUCUUAGUACCUGUAGCUUUUGCGGUCGUCUUGCAGGGUGAUUGGGACGUUAGACCAGCGGAGAUCAACGCUGGCAUCGCAUUUAUCUGCGUGCUCAUCCUGUCUGGUUUCUUUCUCAGUGCGUCACUUUGGAUAACCGACAAGAACGUGAAGUUGUUCAAGCCUUUGGCAUACCCCCGUCUGGCUACCUUGUGUCACUUUGCCAUUUCGACUGUGAUUUGCUGGGGAUCUGCGCUUCUCCUUGCCUCGUUUGUGUUCCUGGGUCUUGUCACCGCAUCCAGCGCAAGUGUAAAAGCUGUUAGCUUCCCGACAUUUAUUCUGGGAAACUGGUGGGUUCUCCUUCUGCUUUUUGACGGGUUGGUGGUAGUCUGUGUUUCCUUCAUAACCUUCUCAAACAUAGCAGUGAUCCGCCUGGCCUUCAAGCAGCACCGGAAGAUCAACUCGGGGCGACUCGGCUCUGUGGCGUUCGUGGAGCCAGCAAGCCCAGCAGAUAGACAGCAAGAUUCGGUUUUUAACAUCCAGUUACGGCCAAGCCAUUUGAUGUCUCGUCCGAGAAUCGAGAGGGACGCCGCGGCCGGCCGUGUUAAUGGGGACUUGCGCCGUCAGGGAGCCAGGACCGCGUCGCGUAGACUCUCGUUCAUCAUUUACGCCUGUACUUUCACAGUGGCCUGGUCGCCGGCCAUAACUCUGGUCAACUUGCACGUCUUCAGCUCCAUCGAGAUCUCUUCAGCCGUGAUAGGAAUCAGUGCAAUGGUUGCCGUAGGCCAGUCUUCUUUUGCUACGCUGGUUUACACACUGAAGGGCCAGGAGUACAGGGCUUAUUUAUCGAGGCAACUCACUCACAUACGGCGCAUAUCUCAGAUAAAAAUAAACACGUGCUGUACAAACUGA